AUGCAACUGUCGGAUGUUACUGAGGUUGGAAGUGAAGAGAAAGAUCUUGGUUACAAGUUUGCACAGUUGCACAUGGCUCAUGAAUUCUAUGUUGCCUACGCAAAGAAAGUAGGAUUUGCAACUAAGAUAAGGACGACAACAUGUGACAAGAUUACAAAGAAAACCGUUAACCAAGCUAUCCACUGUAAUCGAGACGGGUUUAACAGGUUUCGUGUCAAAGCACAAACGCGGAAGACUACGAUUUCAGCCGUCGGGUGCAAGGCAAGGAUAUAUGUGAAGUUUGAUAAGGAGAAGAAGCUGACCAUGCAGUCGAAGUGUGUGAUCGAGGAUAAUGAUGAGGCUGAGAUUCGACCAAACAAGACAUCAUUAACUUUGGCAAAUGAGGCUGGGGGUCUGUCUAACUUAGGAUUCUCAAAAAAGAAUUUAAGAUACUAUAUUACAGCAAAGCUCCGAACCAGCAACGUGAAUACGGAUGUUAGGAAAAUGAUGAACUACUUCAUGAGAAUGAAGGACAUCAAUCCGAACUUCUUCUACGCGGUGAAUUUGGAUGAGGAGUGUAAAUUCAGGAGUGUAGUAUGGGUGGAUACAAGGUGUAGGGCGUCGUACAAAUAUUACGGAGACAUCGUGUCAAUUAACAACACGUACAGUACAAACUGGCAUGGAUUACCGUUUGUGUCGUUUGUUGGUGUCAACCACGAUGGAACUAUUCCACAGCGGAUCAUCACCGAUCAAUGCAGAUCCAUUUUCCGUGCGAUCAGAAAGGCGUUACACGAUACACGCCACCGUUGGUGCAUCUGGCACAUUAUGAAGAAGUUACUGCACAAGCUUGGAGGUUAUCGCCGGUACAGAGAGUUGUAUGAUGACCUCAAUGACAUUGUGUGGAACUCUCGGAUGGUGGAGUCAUUUGAGGAUAACUGGUUUGAAUUUAUAGCUGAGUACAACUUACAUAACAACACAUGGUUGUCAAACCUCUAUGAUGACCGACGCAUGUGGGUCCCCAUAUACUUCAAGGGUGAAUUUUGGGGCUGCCAUGAGGAGUACGCAAAGGAGUGA